ACUGAGCGUGCGUAAGAGAGAAGUGGAAGCCGGAAGUUCAAGGCUGGCUCUCGCUUCAGUGGGCGAGUUUUCGCAGGGGGUGUCGGGUCCUCAGCGGGGCUGAGCACCAGUGGCUGAGGAGCUGCGCGUUGGUGACUGCCUCUCUCUACCCUGCGGCGGCCGCGCGACUCUGCGAGUGGCAGACUGAGCAGGCAUCGCUCUGACGCGGCCGAGUUGCAGCCUCCAGGGGAAGACAUGCCAUCUGCCAAGCAGCUAGCCGAUAUCGGCUACAAGACCUUCUCUGCCUCGAUGUUGCUCCUCACUGUGUAUGGGGGUUACCUCUGCAGUGUACGAGCCUACCGUUACCUCCAGCUGCGCAGUGCCAGGCGCCAGGCUGCAGAAGAGCAGAAGACCUCAGGAGUCCUGUAGAGCAGCGAGGCCUGAGGCCUGCGGCCCGAAACGGAAAAGAUUUUCCUGCACGUCAACCCUGGCAAGAACUAGGCCUCGAUGCCUUUCAAACCUGCUGGGCUAAAAUGCCUCGGUUUCUGUAGUGCUACUAGCUUGUGCCGUUCUGACAGUUUAUGGAGGCCAUCAAGUAAAUGGGAAUGUGAGGGUGAGGUUUAUUACAGAGAUUAAAUAUUUUGCUUUGUUU